CUCGAAUUUGAAUAUAUAUAUAUAUCUCAAAUUCAAUCAAAUGGAAAAUAAUCCAAGCUGGUAGUAAAAUGACAACCUCUCCUUAUGACCAAUUAAAACAUGUAAAUAUUUUUACCAUUAUAUCUUUGCAAAAUCGUUUCAAGACAUGUAAACUCUUUUACCACAUGUUAGAGUUUGGUUAUAUAUGUUCAAGUAAUGCUUGUGAUUUUAGGGUUAGAUUUUGGAAUACAAGAUAUAUUUCUUUAAAAAUUAAAAUUUGACAUAUAAGUAUUAGUUAUGUAUAUAUUAAACUUUUUAUAAGUUGAUUUAAUGAAGUGUUUAUUGCUAUCUAGUAAAAUUAUUUGAUUUUAGGGUUUAGAGGUGUAAGAUUAGAAGUUUAUCAAGACGUUACGUACUAGUGGACUUCUUUAGAAGCCUCUCGAAGGUAUGGUAAAUUUAGGGUUAGGAGACUACUAAACUAGCAGACUUCUCAACUAUAUUUCACUAACAGACUUUUUUCACAAAUGUUAAACAUCAAAAUUUUUAACCUUAUUGAAAAUUUAUCAUCUUAUAUAAAAUAAUGUACACAUUCUUUUUCUUUAUGUUAAAUGACAACAACAAAAACAAAACGUUUCUUUUUAUAAACUCUCUAACCUCUCUAUAAUAUGUUUGAAUUUGAAAACACUAAACUUUAUAUCAAUAUCUCAUCUUUGUGUCUCAUGUCUUUCUCACAAUUUUAUCUUUUUUGGAUGUUUAAUAUUCCAUAGUUUUCAUCUUCCCCUCUUAAAAAGGUAGAUCUAUAAAUUUUAAAUGUGUAUAUUUUUUUUAUUUGUUAGAUUCGAAUAAAACUAUAGAUAUAACGUAAUGUGUAUAGUUUUGAAAUUAUAAUUUAUUUAGAAGCUAUUUUAACGUUUUCAGGUUUUUCAGAUCUCAUGAUAAUAUAUUGGACUUCAGACUUCAUUAGCAUAAUUCUUCAAUAUAAUUUUAACCAAUACUAGAUCUCAACCCGCACAACCGUGCGGGUGUUAUCUUUACUUUUUAUGUUUGAUAAUUAUGAUUUGUUUUAAUAUUUUGUAAAAUAAAUUUGUUGACAACAUGUGUUAUUAAUGUUAAGAACUAAAGUGGUAUGUUAGAUAAAUAAUUUGUUUUUAAUAUUUAUUAUUUCUAAACUUACCAUUUUUAAGUUUAUUUAUUUACAAAUCAUACAAUUUCUAUGAUUUGUAUAUAUAUGUUCUGAUAAAAAAACAGAUUUUUCAUUUUUUUUUUUGGUUUUUAUAUGCUUUCAUUUAUAUAUGUUGUAAUUUAUUUUAUAUCUUGUUUAGUUAUAAAACUUCUAAUAUUUGACUAAUUUUUUUUUCUAGGAUAGGUCCAGCUUAAAAAUCACACAUGAAUUAACAUUGUGACUUCUAUUUUAAUAGAAUAGAUUAUGUUUUUUUUUAAGCUAGUAUAAUAUUUAACGUAAUUCUGUUUCGAAAAUAUCGGAAAACAUUUUAAAAGGUCACGGCAACAAUAAAUAAGUGAGCUUGAUCUCCAAGCUUUAAAAUAAAUAUUGUAUGUAGAAUAUCAUAUAUUUUAGUAAAGACACAAAAAUAAUAUAUUCUCCAAAAGUAGAUAUUCGGUUGAUUAGUUAUAAGGGAAUAAGUUAAUAAUCUUUAAUUCAUUUGAAUUUAAAUAGAAUAGAUGUAGAUAAUUCUGUUGCAACUGAAUGUAGAUAUUCUCAAAUUGUUAACGACGUAAACAUUGCACUAACUUCAUCUUCUCCAAAUGCAUGUGUUCAGUAAAUUAUUAACAUAUUUUCAGAGCUUACAAUCAAAUAAAAAUAUCAUGGGAAAUACGUAUAUGAAUGUCAAACUUGACACAUACCAAAACUGAAAUAAUUAAAUAAUAUGGGAAAGACGUAAAUGAAUGCCAAACUUGACAUGAACUUCAUAUUUAUUACAAUCAGAAACUGGAUUUAGAUUAGAUAUAUAGACAUGUGGAUCUGAAAAACAAAAGCACUCUUGAUUAUUUCAUAUCUUUUCGUAGGCAAUGUUAUAUAUGUGAAGAUGAUAUUAGUUCAUUUGGAUUUAGAUUAGAUAUAUAGUACAUGUUGAUCUGUAUAUUUAAUUUUGUCUUUUAUUUAAUAUAACUAUUAUUAAGGAAUGAAAAUGUAUUGUGACCAACUCUAGUAAGUAGUUCAUUUUUUAAAAAAAAUCACACAUGAAUCAAGGUUGUGACUUCUCUUUUAAUAGAGAAGAUUGAUAUAUGUCAUUUUUCACAAUUAUUUUUGUGUGUUAAUCCAAAUAAAGUUAGACAUUCAACUUAAUGUAAUUGCUUUCUUAUUAUUUUAGCCUAGAUAAUAUUUUUCAUUGUUUCAUAUUUCGCUAUCCAAAAAAAAAUGUAGAUCUUUAAAUUUUUAAUGUUUUUUUUUGUUUUAUGUGUGUUUAAAACCAAAUAGAACUAUAUAUACAAAAUCAUUGUGAUUAUAUGUCUUUGUUAUUACCUUAGUUGCAAAAGUUGUAGUUUUAAACAAUAUAAAAUAUAUUGGAAUUUGAUCGCGAAUAAAAAUAUUUUAUCAUGAAGUCUGCCAAGGAGCUAUGCACUAGAAAACUUCAUAAUGAAGUAUUCUAAUUUAGGAUUAUAUGACUUCUUGAAGAAGUCUUAUAACCUAUAAUGCACUAGCAAAAUUCUCAUAGAAGUCUUCUACAAGAUGUACGAUGGUCUUGUCAAUCAUGUUUCAGUUUCAUCUACUAGAUGUAAAGUAAGAAAACAUGUAGAGAGAUGUUCUUGUGUUGAUUGUUUAUAUAAUGAUGUAAACUAUAUAUACACCCACUUGGUCUUCAAUCCAAUAAAAAAAACUUUUUGUCUAAUGUUAUUUUGUUUUAAUUUUUUUAAUAAUGUUUUAAUAAUAUUUUAACUAUAAUAUCAAAAUUAAUUAAUUAAGAGGUCUAAAUAAUGUUUUUGCCUAGGCGCCCUUCAUAACCUUUAGCCGGCCUUGGAUGCAAUGAAUAGAUGUAAUGUUCACUUUGUAAUCUUUCAUUUUCUAUUUAAACCUUUGUUGUUGUGAUGUACAACAAGUUAAGAUUUCUAUUCUAUUAAUAAAAAAUGAAGUUCUUGUUCCUUUAGUUUGCAAUGAACACAAUCAUAUAGAUUAUGAAAAAAAUAUUUGUUCUCUCUUUCAGAUAUUAAUCUCUUACUCUUUGUUUUAUUCUAGAAACUACAGUUUCUUUUACAUGUUAUCAGAGUCAAAGACCAACUAAAGCACAAAAAGAAUUAAAUAUUUGCAAAAAAGAUUCAAGAAAAAAUUGAAACGAUGGAAGCAACAAUGCAACAAGUGAUUCCCAUAUUUGAUGGGAAAAAAGUAUGAUUUCAGACAAAUUAAAAUGAUAACAAUUUUAAAAACUCAAAAACUGUGACAGCAGUGGAGAAUUGAGUUUUAAACCAACCGGCACAAACAGAUGAAACUCCGAGAGUGUUACAGCUGAGAAAUCAAUGGAAAGAAGCAUCAUCAAAAGAUACGAUGGCACUACAAGUUCUUCAAACUGAUGUGUCUGAUCUUAUAUUCUCUCGCAUAGCACCAUUGGUUUGGUUACUUCAAAAGAAAGAAGAGAAAAUGUACAUUGAUGGCUAGGAUUUCUAAUUUCUUUGGAACUCUAAAGGGUCGCUAUGGAUUUUUGAUGGGAAAUAAGAAAGAAAUUAGCUUUCUAUUUAUAAAAAAAAUGAGUGAAAUCUUUAGGGUUUAAUCCUAACAAGAUUUUGACCCGCGCUUUGAAAGUGCGAGAUAUUUUAUGAUGAAAAAUUCCAUCCAUAACUUUAAAAAUAUUUUGUUAAUUUGGACGAAUUUCGCUUAUUUAAAUUUUUUUGCAUUAAAUUAGCGUUUUUCUUAAAUAUGACCCAAACAUGAUGUCAAACCAGUUAAUCCGGUGUUCCGAUGUGUAAUUCAGUUUUGGGUUUUGAAAAUAUACAUAUUUAAAAAUCCGAUAAAACCCUUAAAUCCCUAAAACCUGAAACUAACCGUCUGAACCGAUGGAUGACUGAUAUGUAGUCCAGUUUGAUUUAUAUUGUUAUAGUUUCAUAAUUUAAUCCAAAUAUUAAAGUUCAUUUUUUCAAUUUUAUGAUAUUAGAAUGUUUUUACAAAAAAUUGAUAGAGAAAAUGAUAAAUAUAAAACAAUUAAGAGCUAUAGAAAAGUCUUGAUCAUAUUAGUCUCAUACAUAUAAUUUGGAAACAUGCCUUAUUUUAUUGCUUUUGAUUUUGUUGUUGGAAAUAUAUGAUGCAAAUAUUUAGGAAACAAAAGGAUUUUAAAAAGGACCAUAAAUAUAAUAGUGGCAUAACUUGUUAUAUUAUUAUAAAAUUAUGGAGAUGUAGAAAAUAAUAUUUCAGUUUUAAUAGAAUAAGUACAAAAAAUUUGAUAGAGAAAAUGAUAAAUAUAAAACAAUUAAGAGCUAUAAAAAACCUUGAUCAUAUUAGUAUCAUAAAUAUAUUUUGGAAACGUGCUUUAUUUUGUUUUGUUGCUCUUGAUUUUGUUGUUGGAAAGAUAUAAUGCAAAUAUUUAGGAAACAUAAUAUAUUUUUAAAAGACCAUAAAUACAGCAAUGGCACAACUUUUAUUAUUGUUUUAUAAAAUUAAAGUGAUAUAAAAAAAACAUUUCAGUUUUAAUAGAAGGAAAAUUGCACUCUCUACACACUACUUUCUUCGUAAUUAGGUGCAUACACGAAAACACUGUGUUGACUGUUUAACAAUAUUUCAAGACACUGCUCCCCCUAUCAAUGCAAUCUCCAUUCUAUAACCUAAAAUAUUUUGUAAUCUCUGCGUAAGAAUUUAUUUAGAUUUCCGUAUCUUCUUGUCUGACAUAGUGAAUCUUCUUUUUUAAUUACACAAAACUUUUUUUUUACAAGACUUCUUUUGACAUCCAAAAUCCUAUUUCGUUGAUUAAUCAUCCGUUUUCUUUCAUUCCAACUUCGAUUCUCUUUGAUUCGGUGUAUCCCUUUUCCUGAGUAGUUUUUGCAUCGAAAAUGGAUCAUGGAAACUAAACGCAAGAGACUCAAACAGAAGAGAAAAAUAAUAUAUUAGAAACUAAACGUCUAAAUUUUUUUUAUGAGAUAUCAAGAACAAUACAAAUCUAAUACCCAUGAACUUGAGAUAAGCAAAAUAAUUGAGCUGUUAAAAGAUAUGAAAUCUAUAAUCAUGUAUAAUUUGUAAUAAGAAAUUGGUGAAACCAUUGCGCUCCAUGAUCAAGAUCAUGUGAGCUACAGAGCGUUAAAAAGAUGAAGUUGCAGAAAGUAAAAAAAUUCUUAAGCUUUCCAACAAAACCCACAAACAAAGAACAAAACUUUAAAAUUUACGAAACCAAAAGAGGCUCGAAAUAAAAUGAACACUAAAAUCAUAAUGUUUAUUAACUGAAUACUUCUGUUUUCCAGGGGGACUUUUCUCUAUUUCAAUUGAUAGAUAGAGAGUAGAUUUUGAGUUAAUAAAUGGAGAAUAUAAACGAAGAAAAAAAAUGAAUAAAUCGUUAGAGAAAUUUUUGUAAGUUUUCCAUUUGUUGUAGAAAGAAAGAGGAAAAUAGAAAAUAUCUCGUUCAAAUCUUUUAAAAAAUUUACAAUAUUUUAUAUAAUCAGCUGACAGCUAUAAUCGUACUUGCCAUGCAAUUGCCUCAUUUACAGAGGGAUCAAAUUGCAAUUCUACCUUUUCAUAUAACACUGUACCGCACAUAUUAUCAUGGUGGUAGGUAGAUCAUUAAUUAUACAUAAGUUUUAGAGUUUUGACCCAAUUGACUUUUAAUAAAAUAGAUAAGCACUGAUUCUAAGACCAUGAUUAUCGCAGGUCCUAAGUGGGGGUUUUAAACAAAUUUUGUGAUUUAAUUAAAUCAAAAGAAAAGAAAAAGAGAAUUACCGAUCCUUAAUGGGGAGUUUUGGAAACCGAUUUUUAGGGGAGUUUCAUAACCACGUGUCAGCAUCUCAUUUUUUUGUUUUUUUUUUCUUUUUCUUUUGUCUCUUCCUUUCCUUUUCUCACGGUUUCUCGAUCUCCGUCAGAGGAGAAGAAUCCAAACCGACGACGGACGAGGACUGUGUCAUCGACGUCUCCUCCGUCUUCUCCGUGUUCUUGUGUUCUUGUGUUCUCCGUCAUCGACGUCUCCUCAACUUUCUCGGUGCUCACCGCGUCUCCUCCAUCUUCUCUCUCUACGCCGUCAGAAGAAGGAUCAAAAUCCACCACCAAUUGACAAAUCUCUCGGUACUGAUGGCGUCUCCUCCGACCCUAAAGCUUGGUUUCAAUUGACGAUCUUCAGUUUGGAGAUCAGCUUCUGGUCCAAAAGAGUGGCAUUGAGGUUUUCAUCAAAGAAUGGCAUUGACAUUGGCAUAUGGAUGAUCAAAUCAUGCCGGCGUCAACACUGUCACUCACACUACUCCUACGGCGGCGAUUACGCGACUUUGACCAUCUCCGGCGAUAAGAAAUCCACCCCUGUUUCCCCGACUUCCGAAUCCGAUUCAAAAGUUAGAGAGUCCGCAACCUAAAAUCUGAACCAUGGUGAAAGAUCCAACAGUUACGACGGGAUCCGGUGACAAGAAAGUCAAGAUUGACAACCACCACACAACAAUUGGUGAGGAAACAGAGAUGGAUUUUUAAAGAACUCGGGAAUCGGAUCUCGGAAGUUAAUGGUUUGGUGAAGACCACGAUGAAGAUGAUGGAGGUGCUAGUCCAGUAUAGUGAGCAGUUGCAGAUUGUGGAGUCGGUAAAAUCCUUUGGGAGGUUUAGAGUUUAAGAAGAGGAAAACGUGACCAUAUGAUUAGUGCCAGAAACAAAAUAAGUGUUGAUUUGGAGAUUUAAGAAGAAGAUCUAUUGAUUUGAAAUGAAAAUGGUGAGAACAUUGGGAAAGAAAGAGAAGAUGAUAGAGAUGUGAGUUACGGGAAAGAAAGAGAAAGAAGAUGGAAAUUUUGGGCAGGGACAAAACAGGAAAGAUAGAGACAAUUGUCUACAGUGAACAUGAGUUUUUAAUGGUUUUGGGUAGUUAGCUAAUUUUGUUCUCAUUUGUGUAUAUCUAGCAAAUUAUCUCAAAAAAAAAAGGAGACUAUCAAUGGCACUAAACGUGAUCGAGAACGUCCGAGUCAGGCCUGCUACCAAACCGUCCGAUGACUCAGUGCACUCCUUCAGUCUCCCUCUAAACUUCUUCGAGUUGCGCUGGAUAAAAUUCCAUCCUAAUCAGCGAGUCAUCUUCUACAGACUCACCGAGUCAUCAUCCGAGACAUUCCACUCUCACAUCCUCCCAAAGCUCAAGCUCUCUCUCUCCCAUGUCCUCCGCUACUACCUCCCACUUGCCGGCCUCCUCACGUGGGACCCACAAGAUCCAAAGCCGUCCAUCACCGUUUCGAAGAAUGACACGGUGUCUCUUACUGUCGCAGAGACCGACGCAGACUUCUCCUUUUUAACCAGCAAUGGACUACGUCCUGCGACCCUCUUUCAUCCUUUGGUACCUGAGUUAGAAGUCUCUGAUGACUCGGCGACCCUUCUCUCUCUGCAAAUCACGUUGUUCCCCAGCCAAGGCUUCUGCAUGGGCAUUGCAUCGCACCACUCCGUCAAUGACGGUACAACGUCAGCAAUGUUUAUUAAAUCAUGGUCUCAUAUUUGCAGAUUGCAUGAACACAGCAACGCCAUGGAGUUUCCUCUUCUUCCGGAGGAUCUUACUCCGACUUUUGAUCGUACGGUCAUCAAUAUUCCGUCAGGACUCGAGUCAAAAAUGAUUGAUCUUUUGUCGUCUCGAUCAAAGGACAGCGACAACUUCAAAACCCUGAAGCCGCCACCACUCGAUGAGAUAAGCUCCGACGUUGUCCGUGUCACUCUUGAGUUAACUUCGGAGAACAUUGAGAAACUCCGGGAACGAGUGGGGAACGAAUCAGCUCGCUCUCCGCUCGAGCUUCACUUGUCGGCCUUUGUCAUCGCGUAUGCUUACUCAUGGACGUGUGUAGUGAAAGCGCGUGGAGGCAACCCGAACAGACCAGUACGCUUUAUUUAUACAGCAGACUUUAGGGCUCGUUUAGACCCGCCACUUCCUGCUACAUACUUUGGGAGCUGUGUGCUGCCCUCAGGUUGGUUCCAGUACGAAGCGGGAACGUUUCUGAAAGAAGGUGGUUUUGUUAAAGCAGUCGAGAUUCUAAGUGAUUCAGUCAAACGUUUAUGUUCGCAAGGGAUAGAGUCGUUCUUUGAAGACUAUGUGCAGAGAGGGAAGAAUGUUAUAGCAGAUGCACAGGCGGGGAGUGUGGCAGGGUCAACCCGAUUAGCGAUAAACAGGACAGAUUUUGGAUGGGGCAGACCUGUUAAAACCGAGUUUGUGUCCAUUGACCGCAAUGAAGCAUUCUCUAUGUUGGAAAGGAGGGAUGACUCAGGUGGUGUGGAGAUUGGAGUGUGCUUGAAGAAGGGCGAGAUGAAUACUUUUCUUUCUUUAUUUAAAGAUGGCCUAAGCGAUUAGGCUUUAAUAGUGAGAGGCCUAAGCAUCAUCUCCCCAGACAUAUCGUGGACUACAUCGCCUUGGAUCUAUCGUAUUAUUGUUGUAUGGUUCUUAUUUCGAUUAGUUAUUAUUAUUUUUUUUUGUUGGGGCUUUAGCUUCUAUUUAAGUUUACUUUCAUUGUAAGCUUUCAGUGGCUUUUGUUUAACAAAGAGAACUCCUUGGUCUCUA